CCUCCAGGACCCGUUGACAGACCUGCUGACCUGUCUCUAUCUCUCCUCCAGGACCCGUUGACAGCAGAGCCAGGAUGGAUGCUCACGGCAUAUUCUCACUUCUGUUGCUGUGUUCUGUCACUGAGCUGUGCGUGUUGGCGAGCCUUGAGGGGAAUGACUCCCAGCAGCACCAUACCCAGAACGUCUACCACGACAUCGGUGUCACCAGGAACACCAUAGUCACUGCUCAGUUUGAGUGCUAUCAGAAGAUCAUGAAAAACGACAAACACAACAAAAUAGGGCCAGUUUGUAACAGGACGUGGGAUGGCUGGCUGUGCUGGGAGGACACAGAGGCAGGCUUCACUACAAACCAACACUGUCCAGACUACUUCCAAGACUUUGACACAGCAGAAAUGGCGUCCAAAGUGUGCAGUGAAACGGGUAAUUGGUUUCUACACCCGGAGAGCAACAGGACAUGGACAAACUACACCAAAUGUACGGCAUACACCAGUGCAGGAAGAGUGACAGCGAUGAAUCUCUACUACCUGGUUCUGAUUGGACAUGGACUGUCGCUAACGUCAUUGUUCUUCUCAUUGGGAAUAUUUUUCCAUUUCAAGAGUCUAAGCUGCCAGAGGAUAACGCUCCACAAAAACCUAUUUUUUUCAUUUGUGUUGAACUCGGUCAUCACCAUCAUCUGGUUGACAGCGGUAGCUAACAACCAGGGACUAGUGCAGAGCAACCCUGUGAGCUGUAAGGUGAUCAUGUUUAUUCACCUGUACCUGUUUGGCUGUAACUACUUCUGGAUGCUGUGUGAGGGCAUCUACUUGCACACACUCAUCGUCGUGGCUGUGUUCGCCGAGAAACAACACCUCAUGUGGUACUACCUGCUUGGAUGGGGAUUUCCACUCAUACCUGCAUUGAUACAUGCAAUAGCACGAAGCUACUACUACAAUGAUAAUUGUUGGAUCAGCUCAAACACUUCCCUCCUCUACAUUAUCCAUGGUCCCAUCUGUGCUGCCCUGCUGGUGAAUCUUUUCUUCCUGUUAAACAUUGUCGUGUCCUCAUCCAAACUGAAGGUGACCCAUCAAGCUGAAUCUAGCCUCUACAUGAAGGUGAGAGCCACCCUGAUCCUCGUCCCUCUCCUGGGCAUCCAGUUUGUCUUGUUCCCCUACAAACCCCAGGGACGCUUCGCCUUGGAGAUCUACGACUAUAUUAUGAACAUCCUCAUGCACUACCAGGGUCUCCUGGUUGCCACCAUCUUCUGCUUCUUCAAUGGGGAGGUAAGACUUCAGCGGGAUAUUACGUGUUUGCGAAGGCACUGGAACCAGCAGAGGAUCCAGUUUGGCAGUAACUUUGCCCACGCAGAUGUCUUCCGCUCAGCCUCAUACGUGGCGUCAUCCCUGACGGAGGUGCAUCGCUGCUACAGCAUCGGCGGGCACACCGAACACAUGAACGGCAAGAACAGCUACCACGACGUGGAGACGGUGACACCCACCAUACUCCGGUCGGACAACCCGUUUGCCUGAGACUGAAGGUGGGAAGUCGCGGGUCUUGGGUCUGUACAGUUACACAGUGGCAGUUCAACUUUCAGUUGAAAUGGCUGCAGACAAUUUGGAACUCUUUUCCCACCAUAUUCUAGAACAUUUUCUCAAACUUCUUGGCAGUCGCCUUCACAGCAAUUGGAUGAUGGUGAAAAAGUACAUGAACGUUUAUAGGGGGCACUACUCAGCCUCUUGAUCUGGUCAAUACAGUUACCUUCAACUGAUCCACUUUAACUUCACCGGACGGAAUAGGCACUU